UUUCUUGCGUUUUUAACCUGCCGGUGUCCAACGCUUUCCCGGAAAAGCGUGUCCCCCCUAUUCUUGAGCACCGUGCUCGCGGAAUGCACUGAGUCGAGGUGCGAAUUGGCCGUCUCCCGACACGAGGCUCGCCGCCUCCUUGCCGCCCUUAUAUUGCGGUUGCCCCUGAGCAUGGCAGAUGAAGAAAAAGCGAGCGAAUCGGUUGAAGACAUCAAAAACAACAAAAUCAAGAGGAACAGGGAAAAGUCAUUGAGUGGAUCUAGCAAGGAAAAGAGGCAGAAAACGUCACCGAACGGCAAUCCGGAGUUGGAAACUGAGGCGGAAUUUACUCUCGAGAACUACAAGGAGGCUGACAAAAACUUUGAAAUCCAGAAGAACAAUAAUUCCAACAAGCUUGAACUUGAAUUCAACAAAGGACUUCGCAUCGAAGUUAAGGACCUUCCCUCAGACAUUUGGUAUGUGGCAAAGGUAGUGGAUAUUGAAGGUGCAGACGUGUUGAUACACUACGUAAACUGGGCCGCGAGACACGACGAGUGGAUCCCAAUGGACAGCAACAGAAUUCGGCCGUUGGGUGAAAACGCCCCUCCAGCCCCUCCAGUUGUUACCCCUGUCCCGAGCAGAAAAAGAGGUCAAAUUAGGAGGCCAGCAGGAUCAGGGGUGAAGAACAAGACGCCGUCUGUAGCGGCCGAGCCUCCCGAGAUUGAGAACAAGGAGGACUGUGUCUCGUUUAUUGUGGGCGAGUGCGUCAAAGCCGUCUGGACAGAUUCGAGAAAGUAUCCUGCCACAGUGGUCGACGUUCUUGAAAAUGAUAUGUAUAAAGUGGUGUUCAGUGAUGGACUCGAGAAGAUAGUGAGCUGGAGCAAAAUUUCCAAAAGCAAGACCUCGGACCUUUUGCCAAGUCCACCGACACUAGUGGCACUUCCUGCUGCUCUAGAACCACAGGUUGAAGAUCUGGAAAGCAAAGAGAGCAGAAGGCAGCGAAAGAGAAAAAUAAAUGUCGCAGAACUAUUCAGGAGAAAAUCCAGCACUUCAAAGCCGAUGACUUCUGAAAGCUCUACUCCAGUUCCUGCUAAAAGACUCAAGACUGAGGAGCCUGAAGAGCAAAAACUUCCGUCUCCAACAACAACAAAUUUGCCGGUGGUGCAUAAAAGAGGUCGAGGUCGGCCACCCCGAAAAUCCAUGGAUGCUUCCGUGCCUUCAGAAGGCAAGGAAGAGCUGGAGAUGGAGUUUGAGUGUCCCACAGCUGAAACACCUGAGAGUAAAAGUUUUAAAGAAAUUGUGAACAAAGACAUACCAUCGCAUCAGUUACUGCAACCAAAAAAAGUUGUUUCUCCGGAGGUUAUUUUGCCAGAAGUACCCUUGGAAGUGCCAGAAGAGCAGAAUGAUAUUAUAAUUGGCACUUUGAAAGUCGAAAAGGACGGAGACAACUUAAAGUGUCCAAAAGAAGGCUGUGGAAAACUCUUGAGAAAGGAGAAACUUAUCAUGAUGCACAUAAAACACUAUCAUCCGGAGCUCAAAGAGCAAAUGGAUGUGGUGCCACAGGUGCUGGACUACGCAUACGCCCGCUACAUUGGUGACCUCCCCUCCACGGCAUCUAUGAUUAGAAAUUUCAGCAACCCCCACACAUCCAGUGCAUCCUCUAACUCGAGUAAUGCCCCUAAAAAGAGACCAGUCAAAAGUCCUGUUAAAGCGCCAAUUCCUGAAGUCGUUAAAGUGGAAGAGCUACCAAUGACGCCGCCACUCAGCUCGCAAACCCCCAGAAUACAGCUGGGGAAACCAAGCUCAAAGUCUGCCUCUAAAUCUGGACUAAAAGUCAAAACAUUGUUGCCUGUAAGAAAAUCCCUUCCGCCAAAAGCACCGGAAGUGAAGGAAAAGCUUGAGAAAACAGAGCCAAAAAAGUGUUUCGAAAUGCCUGUUUUGAAAAAAGCCUUGAUGACGCCGCCAAUGAACUUCUCAACACCCUUGAAGAAUGUGAACAACUGUAAAGAAUUCGCGACCAAAGAAGAAAAACCUUUGGCAAUUACAAAACCGCCUGCUCCCCCGAUCCCAAAGAAGUCUCCACGGAAAUCUCCCCGAAAGGAUCAACUGGUGGAUGACGGCGCAAUGGAGUUGAUCAACUGUGUUUGUGGCUACACUGAAGAGGAUGGUCUGAUCAUUCAGUGCGACCUGUGCUUUUGCUGGCAACACGGUCUUUGUAAUUUCAUUGACCGCGAGGAAGAUGUGCCAGACAAGUUCAUAUGUCACGUGUGUCGAAAUCCCCCUCGAGAGCGAAAGUCAAGGAAAUACUCGCACGACCAGGACUGGCUCAAGAAGGGAUCUCUGCCUAGGUUACCUGUUUUGAGGCUUAAUGAAAAGCUGGAGAGAAGUUCAUUGGAAAAAGCAUUGAAAGAAACGCAAGACCUUGCAGCCGCCGCACUUAGUCUCAACGAAAUUAUGCACGCAUUGAAAAUCCAAAUUAAUAUUUCACAAAAAAAAGACCAUCCAAAAUUAUACCUGUGGUCCAAGGAGUGGAAAGAGUUGGUAAACGGAGAGCCGUGCAGGUCGGGUGAUCUCAAGGGCAGCCAGCUAGCAACAACAGCAGCUUCACAGAACACCUUCGUGCCCUUGGAGGUGGUGAAAUUGGAACCCGACUUGGUCGAAGGGGACGUCCAGUUUGAGCCCAUCCCGGGCACUUCUGGCAGCCAGGGCAAUGUCGACGAUGCAGACCUACAUCCUGCUUUGAAAUUGCCACUCAGCGCCUUGGAAAUCGAGCACCUUGCCACCAACUUGGCCGAAAGCAUUCCAACUGCAGAAACAACAUUAGACAACACAUCAGUGCUGGUCUUGAACCCUCCAGCAGCACCCGAGCCCGAGGCAGCAAUCAAGCCGGAAAAGUGCCGUGUGCUUCUCUUGAAGCACAUCCACUUUCUGCAGGACCAGUUGGAGGAAAGCAUCAACGAGCUGGAAGAGCGGAACCUGACGCUAGAGCGCCGUGCUCCGCAGAUCUACGGCAAGGAGGUUUCGGACGCCAGAGUCAAGGAGACCCUGCGGAUGCUGCGCAGGGACAUUGGUUCAGUGCACAAGAUUGGCAACUACGCGAUGAAGGACACCCCCUAGCAUUCAAAGUCUGUUUUUACAGUGAAAAAACUAUUUUAGCGUUCCCGGCAAACGUUAAUUCAUUUUAACUUGUUAAUCGAUCAUUUUAUAAUGACCAUUAAUCAUCAGAAUUACUACUAGAAUAAAAACAAAUGAACUUAAAUGAGCUUAAA